CAAUAAUAACCAAUAGGAAUUGGCGUUACAAAUCAUGUUUUGAUCGAACGAAAACAGCAUGUGGACGUCUGAAAAGUGUUUAUAAAACUUUCUAAAAUGUUGAAGGCAUCGGUUGCCCAUGAUAUUCAAGGAGGGUCAAGAACAGGGGAUGUUCUGAUUAAUGAAAAUGUAGAUUUUUCAGGGUUGCUUCUGUCGGACAACGUUUUAAGCGGUCUACGAAUAGCAGGUUUUCAGCGGCCUUCUCCCAUACAACUGAAAGCUAUACCAUUAGGACGAUGUGGUUUAGAUUUGAUUGUACAGGCAAAGUCAGGCACUGGAAAAACUUGUGUAUUCUCUGUUAUUGCUCUAGAAGGACUGCAAACGAAGAGCUAUGCACUGCAGGUGCUGGUGUUGGCUCCCACUCGGGAGAUAGCCAUUCAAAUCUGGGAUGUCAUCAGUUCUAUAGGACAAUGUAUUCCUGCACUGAAGUGUUAUACUUUUAUCGGAGGGAUGCCUGUAACAGAAGAUAAACAGAAGCUGAAGAAGUGCCAUAUUGCUGUUGGUACACCAGGGAGAAUAAAACAGCUGAUUGAGUGUGGGAUUAUGAGCACAGACAGCAUUCGGAUGUUUGUACUAGACGAAGCUGAUAAGUUAUUGGAGGAAAGCUUCCAAGAGCAAAUCAAUUGGAUCUAUUCCACACUUCCGGAGAACAAACAGAUGCUAGCCCUGUCGGCUACCUAUCCGGAGUACCUGGCUCAACAUCUGACCAGUUAUAUGAGAAAUCCCACAUUCUUAAGGCUCAAUAUUUCUGAUCCAGCACUGCUUGGUAUUAAACAGUUCAAGAGAGUAGUGAAUUAUCAUGCCUUGCCUAACAAAGUGUUUGACAACAAAACCAAAGUGGUGAUAGAGUUGUUGUCCUCUGUCAAUUUCCAGCAAUGCCUAAUCUUCUCCAACCUCCAAACCAGAGCCCAGAAUAUGGCUGAUGCUUUGAUAAGUCAUGGUUGGCCAACAGCCUGUAUCGCAGGAAGUCACGAUCAGAAGGACAGAAAUGAGGCUAUGAGUCAACUUAAGACCUACAAGUGUCGAGUUCUCAUCUCCACCGAUUUAACUUCUAGGGGAAUUGAUGCUGACAAAGUGAACAUGGUGAUCAAUCUGGAUGUUCCUAAAGACCACGAAACUUAUCUACACAGGAUUGGGAGGGCUGGACGAUUUGGAACAUUCGGAGCGGCAGUGACUAUUGUGAGCCAAGGACAGGAGGAGAAUGAGCUACAUAAAGUGGAAAAGAAAUGUAACACACACAUCAGAGAUCUUCCAGAUCCCAUUCCAAGUACCCUGGCAAAAAGUGAGGGAACAAUCAAUUUAGACGACAUGGUGUCCACAGAGCAAAUCAUUACUGAUCACACUAGAUUAUUGCCCAGAAAGAUGGAAGUAACCGGACAAAUCAAUACUGACCGCACUAGAUUAUCACCCAGAAAGACGGAAGUAACUGAACAAAUCCAUACUGACCGCUCUAGAUUAUCACCCAGAAAGACGGAAGUAACUGAACAAAUCCAUACUGACCGCUCUAGAUUAUCACCCAGAAAGACGGAAGUAACUGAACAAAUCCAUACUGACCGCUCUAGAUUAUCACCCAGAAAGACGGAAGUAACUGAACAAAUCCAUACUGACCGCUCUAGAUUAUCACCCAGAAAGACGGAAGUAACUGAAGAACAACAUUUUACUUCAAAAGGUGAUGAUAAACCACAGUUCAGAUCAAGCAAGCAUUCAAAGAACGGCACAGAGAGAGAACGUUUAAAGAAUCCAAAAUCUAACUUUAAAGUCAAAGGUAAACGUGAUAUAAAGAAGAAAGCUUCUGUGUCUCCAGAUUCAGAUAAUGAGGUUAGGGCAGAGUCCGCUGUGGAAUUUAAAAAUGUUUCAUUGAAUAAUGUGUUAAGUGGUAGAAAUUCAGCAUCGGCAAACGAGCGUGGUGACUUCCACAAUGUCUCUGUUGAAUUGAACAGUGAUCACUUGUCGGGUAGAACAUCUCAAACUGGUGAUAGUCCUGGAACUCCAAUAGAAAGUUCAGCAGAAGUGAAAGCAAAAGUAGAGAGAUUGACAGAACCUUCAGAAAAUGAAGAAGGUGCUAAGGAAAGGUUCCAAACUCAUCAAAAAAGGGAUAGGGGUAGUCACUAUGGUUUCCCAAUGAAUGUUCCACAACUUCGUGAUGUCCUGUGUCGUAAUACAAGGAAACAUCAGAAAACUUAUGAGGAAAAAGAGACAGCGUAUAAGAAAUACCUUGAGGAGAGGGAUACACCAUUUGAAAGGAGGGAAAUACAAGUAAGACCAAAUCCCUAUGUCUGGAAAGACAAGCAAAAAGAACGCUUACUCUCCAUGAUAGAAAAAGUGCUAACAAUAGAUGAGGAUGGAGAAAAGUUAGGAGCAGGAGAAAAAAUAAAGAGGACAGAUACUGCAUCCACUGGAUCGCAGACCCAGGGAAUAGAUUUUCCUUUAAACGUAAAGAAUGAAUUCAUGCUGAAGACAAUAGGAGAGAAAAUAAAGAGGACAGAUACUGCAUCCGCUGGAUCGCAGACCCAGGGGAUCGAUUUUCCUAUAAAAGUAAAGGAUGAAUUCUUGCUGAAGACAAUAGGAGAGAAAAUAAAGAGGACAGAUACUGCAUCCGCUGGAUCGCAGACCCAGGGGAUCGAUUUUCCUGUAAACGUAAAGGAUGAAUUUAUCUUGAAGACAAUAGGGAAGAGUCAGGAACGUGAAACUUGUGGAUCUCAGUAUAUGUACAAGUGUAAUGAUGACGACAAAAGUGCAAUAUUACCUGUAGCACCCUCUGAAAGUGUGUUAUUACAAAGGGAGAAGGAGUUUGAACAUUCUGAAUAUCACGGAGUAACAUAUAACAAUGAAGGUGUAGAAAAACAUGAUUACAGUGAUGAAGAGGGUGAACUGUCUUCAGAGGAGGAGGAAUGUUUUGAGGAUGAGGAGAACGAUUAUGACAAUGAAUGGUGUGGGGAAAGUGAAGUAGCCAAUGAUAAAGAGCCUCAGUUUUGUCAGUCGGAUUAUCCAGACCGGUAUGACUCUGGGAACCCCUACCACUGGCCUCCUGUUUACUCCCCUUAUUUCUAUAAUCCGUAUUACUACGCACCAAAUGCUUUGCAGCCACGUAUGACUCAUGAGCAGAAGAAAUUUAUGUUUAAUUAUCAUUUAACAUCUGCACACCACCAGCAACACAGUUAUAUUUCAGCGAUGUUAUCCAAGUUUUAUUGAUUUAAAGUGUGAUAAAUGACAUGAAUGAUGGUUAAUAAGUUGGACACUGUCUUGUAAUUAAAUGAGGAAAUGUCAAAA